CAGUCUAUCAUCAAAGCUAAAACAAUGCGACAUAGACAAGAUAGACACGCUCCCCGCUACAUUCCCAUCCGGGACCUCGGCCAUGGCGGCGGAGCAAACAACUUAGGCAUGUCCCUAGUCCAAUGCACGCAAACCCAGACAGUCCUACUCCGUAAGAAGGUAGCCCAUCCCAACGGCCAAUACGAAGCCCAUUUCCUCGACCGCCUCAAACGAUUACCCAACAUCAUGAGACUCCACGACUACAACCCCCACCCGCGCGCCGGCAUCGACGAGCUAUACUUCGAGUACUGCGAGUACGGUACGCUUGCUCAAGUGCGCCGACGACACGUCACUCAGCACACGAGGAUCCCAGAGUCGUUUAUAUGGCGUGUCCUCCUUUCAGUCGGGAAAGCGUUGGAAGGGUGCCAUACUGGGUUGGGAGCACGGGGGUGGACUCCGAUCCUGCAUACAGACGUUCAUCUUGGGAAUAUCCUUCUCGGUGCUCCGUCAUCUAGAAACAAUAGAGAUCCGCGGAUCGUCCUCGCUGAUUUCGGGCGCGCGCGAUUAGUUAGUAGUCGGAGGGAGUUGUACGAUGACAUCGCUAUGCUUGGAUUCAUGAUUUAUGAAUUCUGUCAGAUACGUAGUUCAAUCACGGAGGUAUUGCAAGAGGUAAUGGCGGGAAGAGCUUUGUGGGCGUAUUCGAGCAAGUUGUUGGAGGUUCUGGAUAUGUUGAGAAGUUAUCAGGAUCCGAGGCGGCCGGUUGAGCCGCGUUGGCAGGCUGAUCCUAGACGGCCUAUUUUGCCGAAGAUGGAUAUUGUGGAGUUGUUGGCAUGGAUUGAGCGCAGACGUGAUAGGGCGCGGAUGAGGGAGCAUGGGAAUGUGAUUCUCUUGCGCUAG